AUGCCAACAAUUACCAAAGGCGACAAAAUCCUUGUAACAGGAGCAAAUGGGUACAUCGCGAUGUGGGCCAUACGUAUCUUCUUGGAGCGGGGAUAUUUUGUUCGCGGAACUGUACGAUCAGAGAGCAAGGCAAAGGAUGUCAAUGAUUACUUCAACUCGGUAGGGCUUGGAGACAAACUCGAGAUAGUUAUCGUCAAUGAUAUCGCCAAGGAAGGAGCCUUUGACGAGGCUGUGAAAGAUGUCGACGGUAUCGCUCACAUGGCCUCGCCAUUUCAUGGCAAUGUUAAGGACCCACAAGAAUUUUUCCAACCCGCUAUUCAGGGCACAGUCGGUAUUCUGAAGAGUGCACACAAUCAUGGAAAGCAAGUAAAGAGAAUAGUCGUCACUUCUUCAACCGCAGCUGUAAUGUCACCGCCUGAUAAGCCAACUCUUUUCACUGCGCUUGACUGGAAUACAAAAGAUCCAAAGUUCGUUGACGAGCUUGGUUCCAACUCCCAUCCUAUGACGAUCUACCGUGCUUCAAAGAGCUUGGCAGAACAAGGAGCUUGGGGAUACUACAAAGAACAUAAACAUGAGUUAUCAUGGGACCUGACUGUCAUUAAUCCUCCUUUCCCACCUAUUCACAAAGUCGACUCACCAUCUGCUUUAAAUACCUCUUUGCAAGCAUGGUACAAUCACGUUGUCGAUGGAACAAAAAGCACCAGGGAAGCCCUUGCAGAUUCUACCUCAUGGGUUGACGUUAGGGACACUGCUCUAGGCCAUGUUUUGGCGCUGGAAGUAGCUGAGGCUGGCGGGGAGCGCAUUAUAACUACAGAAGGCGCCUAUAUUUGGCAAGAAUGGCUUGAAGUGGCAAAUUCCAUUUCGCCCUCACCUUUCCCCCGAAAGCUUGCUACCGGAUUCCCCGACAUCCUUGAGGGAGAAAGAAUUUAUAGGAUCUCAUACGACAAAACCAAAGAAGCCAAGAUUUUGGGGAUCAAAUUUCACACCAAGCUUGAAUCAACAAAGGACACCCUGGAAGACUUUGCUAAACGGGGUUGGUAA